AUGCAGCGCGCUGUUCGGAUCAAGAAUCUCAAUUUAAGGAGACUGGCCUGGAGUGUAGGAGGCGCGUCUUCUGUAGCUGCGGGAUAUGGGAUCUGGUCAAACACAAGGCCAGCACUGCUUGACAGUAGCCAGGACGCCUCCAGAUGGAACCGCAAAGUCCAAAUAAGCUCCCAAAGCGGUWCUCCUUCACAGCAGUCCAAGCAAGCCGGCCGCAGCGACUCAAGGAACGAUGACGGCCUUUCAACAUGGCAGACGGCCUCUGUUCAAAUCUCUGCCGUCUGUGGUUCACUCGUUGGUCUAGAUAUUACUUCCCUAGGAGACAAAAUCACGGAUUGGGUUGUCCCCGGCUGGUUGAAGGGGCUAUCGGGACUGGUUAAGAAGCUACAGAACGAGCUCUCAAUGGCACCAUGGUCUCUUAGCUGGGAGAUCUGGGAAGACGCGCAUGAUCCGGAGAUCAAUCCAGAAAUACUAUGGGAAGCUCGAGUUAGGGUGUCCGAAGAGCUUUGCCCCCAGGAACAGGAGUUCUUGGGAAGACGAAGUGUGCAGACGGCGAAAGCUCUCGCGCGAUAUCUUGGACUACCAGAGUCCGAUAUUGAUCCGCAGGAUGUGCCCAGAAUUGCCAUGAUUGGAUCAGGCGGGGGCCUACGUGCUCUCGUGGCCGGGACCUCUUCUUACCUCUCUGCCCACGAAGCGGGACUCUUCGAUUGUGUCACAUACACUGCGGGCGUCAGCGGAAGCUGUUGGCUCCAGACUUUGUACUAUUCCUCGAUUGGGCAACUCAGCCAUCAACGGCUGAUUGAUCACUUGAAGCAGCGGAUAGGUGUUCAUAUUGCAUACCCCCCUGCAGCACUCGAACUGCUCAAUCAUGCACCAACAAACAAAUUUCUGCUCGGCGGCUUCGUAGAAAAGUUGCGUGGUGUGCCCGAUGCAGACUUUGGUCUAGUAGAUGUUUAUGGGCUUCUCCUGGCUGCAAGACUGAUGGUACCGAAAGGAGAGCUGCGCGUCAGUGACUACGACAUGAAAGUUUCCAACCAACGCUCUUACGUCGAAGACGGUGCUCAGCCCAUGCCAAUCUAUACGGCAGUACGCCACGAGAUCCCCGACGCGCCAGACAACAUCAAGGACGCCAAGCAGGGAAGAUUCGAGGAGAAACAGCACUUUGAUUACUUCCAAUGGUUCGAGUGGACUCCCUACGAGUUCUUCUGCGACGAGCUUAAUGCAGGCGUCCCAACAUGGGCAAUGGGCCGCCGGUUCCAUGCCGGCCGGACGGUCUGGCGCGACAAUGAUCUUGCUCUGCCAGAGUUGAGAAUUCCUCUGAUGCUUGGCAUUUGGGGCAGCGCCUUCUGUGCCACCCUGUCGCAUUACUACAAGGAGAUCAGACCCAUCAUCAAAGMAGGAGGACUUGGCAAGUUGGAUGCACUUCUCAGUGGAAAAGAUGACGACCUUGUCAAGGUACACCCUAUAGACCCUGCGGUCAUACCGAACUUUCUGCUCGGACUGGAAGACAAAUUACCCUCAACCUGCCCGGAAAGCAUCCACAAAGCCUCCCACCUUCAGCUGAUGGAUGCUGGCAUGUCAAAUAAUCUACCAAUCUACCCGCUCCUACGGCAGGGUCGUGAUGUGGAUGUCAUCAUCGCUUUUGAUGCCUCAGCUGACGUUAAGACCGACAACUGGAUCAAAGUGGUGGACGGCUAUGUCAAGCAACGCAGAAUCACAGGAUGGCCGAUGGGAGCUGGAUGGCCGCCGCCAGACGAGUCGUCCAGUGAGAUCCAAGAAGAAAUGAAGGCAGCGGAAGCGACUUCUGUCGCUCACGCCUCUCCAAUGACGGAUCGAGAUGAUGUCAGCCAGAGUGCGAUCAUGCAGGAUUUGGGGCACUGUACAGUAUGGGUGGGCGUCAAGGAGGAAAGUAAGGAGUACAUGGACGACCCCCCGACUCGACGUCUACGGCACGAUGCUUCCGAUGAUGACCAUUUGAGAGAUCCCCAAGCAGGAAUUGCUUUGGUGUACUUUCCAUUCCUCAAGAACGACAAGGUACCCGGCGUGGRUCCCACAAAAUCCGAGUUCAUGAGCACCUGGAAUUUUGUGUAUACACCUGAGCAGAUUGAUUCGGUAGUUCAGCUCGCGAGAGCCAAUUUCGAUGAAGGUCAGGAGCAAACGAAGCGGACCAUCAAGGCAGUGUGGGAGAGGAAGAAGACAGCACGAUUGCAGAGAGAGAAAGAAGAGGAAGACUACCAACGACAGAAACGGAUUCGCAUAGGACAUGCAAGGUCUGGAGACCCAUUCUCAUAG